AUGUGUAACCCAUUGAACUACACUAUAGGUUGGAUAUGCGCCAUCACCACCGAGUACGUCGCCGCACAGCUUUUUCUUGACGAGGCUCACGACCUGCCCGAGUUCGUCUCGCCACAUGAUAACAACAAUUAUGCCCUCGGUCGCAUAGGUAGACACAAUGUCGUCAUUGCUGUGUUGCCUGAGGGUGAAUACGGCACGACUUCGGCGGCUGUUGUCGCGCGGGACUUGCUCCACUCGUUUCCCAACGUCCGGAUCGGUCUUAUGGUAGGCGUUGGCGGCGGGUCUCCAAGCUCAAAUCACGAUAUUCGCCUUGGGGAUGUCGUGGUUAGCUCUCCGGGCAACGGCUACGGUGGGUUGUUUCAAUACGACUAUGGCAAGUCUAUUCAGGACCAGAAAUUCCAGACUACUGGGUUCCUAAACCAGCCCCCAGGAGUACUUCGAACGGCUGUAGGUAGCCUCAAAGCUGACUUUGAACAAAAUGGGAACGGCCUUCAUGAGGCAGUCAAUGCUACGUUGCUUAAAAAGCCUCGCCUAAAGAAAAAGUACGCUCGGCCUCCUCCUGAGACUGACAUACUCUUUCGGAGCGAUGUUGUUUUUGACUCAAACAAGUCAAUAACGCACCUGAGCCUAGACGAAAGAAACCAGAUGUUGGUUUUGCGACCAGAACGCGCUGAAGAUGACGACAAUCCAUCGAUUCAUUACGGGCUGAUUGCAUCUGCGAAUCAAUUAAUGAAGGAUGCCAUAAUUCGUGACAAGCUUAGCGCAACUAAAGGGGUCCUAUGCUUUGAGAUGGAAGCUGCCGGGCUUAUGAAUCAUUUCCCGUGCUUGAUCAUAAGAGGCAUCUGUGACUAUGCUGAUUCACAUAAAAACAAAAUUUGGCAGGGUUAUGCAGCCAUGACUGCAGCUGCUUACGCAAAGGCUCUGAUUUAUCGUGUUCACCAUUCUAGGCUAGAGAACGAGAAAAAAAUAUCGGAGCUUAUCUCCCAGGAGCUAGUAUUCGAGGUCAAUCACAACAUUCUUAAAGUUCAACAUUCUAUUAACUUUAGUAACCUCGACAAGUUGGUUAUUGCAGCAGGUGCUGAAUAUGACGCCCAUCAUAACCAGCAUGAGCCAAAGUGCCAUCCAAAAACAAGAAUCGAAUUGCUAGACAAAAUUCGGACCUGGUCUGAAGAUUCAAGCGACAGACGCAUUUAUUGGCUGAGCGGAUUAGCUGGCACUGGGAAGUCAACUAUUUCUCGCACUGUUGCUCAAGGUUUUCAUGAUAGGAAACUCCUUGGCGCAACUUUCUUUUUCAAAAGAGGCGAAACCGACCGCAAUAAGGCAUCUUAUCUCUUCAGCACGAUUGCCCGGCAGCUGACUCGACGACGACCCGAAAUUUACCCCUUCGUUGUGGAUGCCGUAAAAGAGACUGAUAACAUUUCUUCCAAGAGUAUUGCAGAGCAGUUUCGCGAACUUUUACGCACUCCUUUUGAAAAGGCAUACUCUGAGCUAUUCUCCGAGGCGUAUGAGGAGACGUACGACGCGCUGGAUGAAUGUGCGGUAGAUAAGGAUAUUGAGAUCUUCAUCCCGUUACUCUCUGACCUCGCUAAGUCAAAGGUAUACAAGUUGAAAGUGUUCGUCACAAGCAGACCGGAAAUUGCGAUUCGGUAUGCGUUUAGCCCUAUCACAGAGCUUUACCAGGAGAACAUACUACACCAAGUCGCAGAAAGUAUUGUGUCCCAAGACAUUAAAGUGUUUUUAACAGAUGAGUUGGCAAUAAUAAGGCGUAAAUGGAACACCCGGGUUCAAAGAAAUCCUUCUAGCCAGUUAGGCAGCGACUGGCCGGGAGACUCUAGAAUCGAAAUCUUAGUUCGUACUGCGGCCCAACUCUUCAUCUUUGCCGCAACAGCAUGUCGAUUCAUUGAAGAUCCGUUCAGCAACCCAGAAGAACAGCUCACACGCAUCAUAAAGGCCGCUAGCGAAAGCGGCGUUAACGACAAAAUGGCCCCGACAUAUCUUCCAGUGCUAUGGCAGUUCAAGGCAGAUAGAACCGAACCAGAAAUAAGCAUGCUGCUAAAGGACUUUUCAAGGAUCGUUGGCACGAUAAUUCUCCUUGAGCAGCCAUUGCCAGUCGACACGAUAGCAGCCCUAGUCGAUGUCAAAGCUAUUACAGUUGAUCGCAUUUUGGACCCUCUGAGCUCAGUAAUCGACAUUCCUGAGGAUAGGGCAUGCCCAGUGAAGCCCUUUCACUUGUCCUUCCGCGAUUUUCUAUUAGGCUCCGCAGCCGGGGAAUUUUCAAUAAACCAUGCACAAGCACACAAGGAGAUUGCUUCCAACUGCGUGGAUUUGCUUGGAAAGAGACAACCUUUACGCUACAAUAUAUGCAAUCUGCAACCCGGAUACAGAUCGUCGCAGAUAGACCCAGGGGUGUUGGAGGCUCGGUUGCCUCCACACGUACAGUAUGCUUGUCUUCACUGGGUUUAUCAUUUAAGAAAAGCAAAUGUUUGCCUGGAAAAUGAUGACAUGUAUCAUCGGUUCUUGCGGGCUCAUUUCCUUCAUUGGCUGGAGGCUCUCAGCUUAAUGGGGGAAAUUGCGCGAGUGGGACUUAUGGUGGACAGUCUACUGGUAAUGGCCGAAGUAAGUUUCUGGUUACGGCUCGACAGUUCAAAUGCGGUCGCGAUGGUGUCGCGAGGGAGCUCAGAUUAUUGA